CAUCAUGUGACCAUUUAUCUUCACCAUCCCCUUCACCAUGCUCUUCAUCAUUAUGGGUUCCUCGGGGUUCCGCGAGGAACCCAAAUCUAGGUUCCUCGAAGAACCCAGUUUUUGGGUUCCUCACGAAACACAAGUCGCCCGAUUCUGCUCUUCUUUUCUCCCCUACACCGAACAAGAAGCAAGCCACCGACUGCACCACCCAUUUGAGAAAAUCGAAUUUCGAAUCUGCUCUGCUCUGUUCUUUUCCGUCGGCUGCUCUUCCUUGUUUGGGUGUGAGUUCUUCAAAAUUCUGAAUUGCCGCCGGCCUUCCCCCAAACUGCAGCUCCAAUUUUUUGCUGCUAAAUUCUGGUGCUGUUAUGGCUUAGAGCAUUGGGAUUGAGUCCUCGGUUUAUGCGAUUUAAGGUAAGUAAAUUAUGGUAACGCCCUUUGAUUUUAAAGCAUGUUUUAAAUUGUUUUUGGGAUGGUGGCAAGGUUUAAAUUAAUUUUAUUCAUUUAAAUUGAUUUUAUUAGUACCGAGCAUGAUUGGUUUGAAAUAAAAUUGUUUUCAUUUG